AUGUUAAUCUUGGCUUAUCUCGAUCUACCCGAAUCUGGGACAUUUGAUGGGUCCACUCUACUCUUGCUCUUGAUCUUUUAUCUUCAGCAUACAAAACCUCCGGUGCUUCCUAACUUACACGAUCUUACUCGAAAGCACAUGCCAUAUCUUCCUAAUAAUCUCAUUCGAGAGGUAAGUUUUCUAACCCUUUACUUACCUUGCCGUACAUAUAAGUAA